AGAGCGGAGGUAAGGGGAGGGGAAGUGUAGUCGGUCCAUGACAUGAAUGAACCAUGUUCGGUAACGGAGGCUUAGCUCUCCCGGUUUGCUCCUUUCUCCUACUACAUCUCCCGGUUCUCCCGGUUCUCCCGCUCACCAACAACUGGCCCGUUAAGGACAGAAGUGAAGGGAGGGUGGAGCAGCGUAACAUCCAUCUACAAUCAUACAGCUUUGGAAGUCACAAUGUCGAACAGACGAGCACCAAGGAGGAGGUGUUUCAGUGGUGGGGAGAGUGGUCCAGUUGGUCCUCUUGUUCCAGGAGCUGUGGAGGAGGAGUGAGGAGUCAGGAGAGACACUGUCUCAUACAGAGGUUGUCCACCACCCAGAAUGUAAACAGCUCAUAUUGUGUUGGCUCUCCUAAACAGUACCAGCUCUGUCCAAACCAGCCCUGUCCGAGCCCCAGUGUGAGCUUCAAACAGCACCAGUGUUCCCAAUUCAAUUCUAAAGCCUUUGGAAGAAGAUACUACCAGUGGAUACCUCUUUAUCCAGCUGAUUACAUCAGCAUCUCCAAUAAGCCAUGUGACCUGCAGUGCACAACCAUCAGUGGUGAGCGACAGCUGCUAGUUCCUGCCCACGAUGGUACAUUCUGCCGCGAUGCCAAAUACCAUGGAGUCUGUAUAGUGGGAAUAUGUCAGCCUGUAGGUUGUGAUGGGGAGCUGUACAGCAGUAAGGCAGUAGACAGAUGUGGAGUGUGUGGAGGCAACGGGACGUCUUGCCAGCGCGUCUCUGGAUCAUACAGGAAGGCACUCACACAGUUAGGCUAUGUGUUCAUCACCAACAUCCCAGCUGGAGCUUCAGACGUUCAGAUCAUAGAGAGACACAAGACUGAGAACAUCCUGGCCCUGUCAGAUGAAGCUGGCCAUUUCUUUUUCAACGGAAACACUGUGUUUGACAAUCCUCAAAACUUCCACGUGGCGGGAACAGUGUUUAAAUACCGACGUCCGAGCAAUGUGUUCUCUGACGGGCUGGAGUAUAUCAUUGCCCAGGGACCAACACUUCAGGGCCUGAAUGUUAUGUACUACAACCUGAAUGGGAAGCUCCCCCACAUCACCUACGAAUACACCAUCCCCCGCACAUCUCAUGACAUCACUGCUACAGAAGGAGGCGUCACCACAGGCCCCUCCCACUCCCAUCUGAACCUGCCCUAUAACUUGGUAAAUGAGGAAGUCAGAGUUCAUGUUGGAGCGACCAAUCACACUAGAGGGAGUGUGACAUCUGUCCAUCACUACAACACCCAGCUGGGAGCUGAUGACCAAUCAGAUGUCCAGCUGCAGGACGAAGAAGAAGAAGAAGAAGAAGAGGAGGAGGAGGAGGAAGAGGAGGAGGAGAAGGAGGAGGAGGAGGUAGUGUGGGAGAUCAGGACACCCAGCCCUCCACCGCCAGCUGCCAUGUUGGUCUACAGACCGGCGAGUGUCACUAGUCAUGUAUUCAGCCAUAAUGACGUUGAGGAGCGAGGACCUCCAGUACCAUCUGGCUACCGAAGUUCCUCCAACUCGAUAGACGAGCCAUCCGCUGCUGAUGACAACACUCUGGUGCUCCCUCUGCCUGGUAGUCAGAGUGUUCAUUCUGCAGCCCUGCCAGAAGACGCCCCCUGUCUGCUCCUGGAGGACUUGCAUUACAACCACACACACUCGGACACACACUCCCUCACACAGUCAAACACACACUCCGUUAAACACACACUCGCCGAGCCACAGUCGCCGGCAGAAACACGUGUGCAAACGUCGUCUGCCACAGACACAGAAACACACUCAGACCCUCAGUUGGAAAUGCUCACGGUUACUGACACACACUCUGUUACACACCCAGAAACGGGCACACACUCAGACACACCCGGAGCCGUCUUGGUACAGCUGCAACAGGUGCCUGCAGUCCAGGCAGCCAACACAGAGAGUAAUGACUUUGAUGUGGGUCUGGACCCAGAUAUCAGUCUGGCAGACAUGUAUCGCUGGAAGCUUUCUGCUUACGCACCCUGCAGCUCAACCUGUACAACAGGUAUCACCACUAGCUAUGCCCUUUGUGUCCGAUAUGAUGGUACUGAAGUGGAUGACAGUUACUGUGACUCUCUGACCAGACCUGAGCCCACACAUGAGUUCUGCACUGGGAAGGAAUGUCCUCCGAGAUGGGAGACCAGCGGUUGGAGUGAGUGCUCUCGGACCUGCGGCGAAGGCGUUCAGUAUCGUACCGUGCGCUGCUGGAAGAUGCUGUCGCCCGGUCUCGACUCAUCUGUCUACGAUUCACUGUGUCUGUCACAUGACCUUCACAAGCCGGCCAAUAGGAAGGUCUGCCUCGGCCAGAGCUGCGGACCCCAGUGGGAGGUGUCCGAGUGGUCUGAGUGCUCAGCGCGUUGUGGCUCUCGGGGUGUCCGGGCUCGGGAGGUCCGUUGCUCCAUGGAAAUGAGACUGUGUAACAAGUCUUCUCAGCCAAUAGAAAGUCAGGAAUGUGAAGGACCGCCCUGUGACAGACGAUGGACGGUUUCUGACUGGGGACCUUGCUCCGGUGUGUGUGGAGAGGGAAGAAUGGCGCGUGCAGUGACGUGUCGCUCAUCGGGUGGGGUAGUGAUGUCAGAGGAGCAGUGUGACCAAUCGCUGCGCCCGCUGGCCGUCUAUCCCUGCGGCGACAGAGACUGCGCCCCCCACUGGGUGGAACAGGAAUGGCAGCAGUGUAAUGCUACGUGCGGGCGCGGUGUUCGCCAGCGUCAGGUGGUGUGUGCCGGGCUGGAAGGGGGUGUGUUCAAAGAGUUUCCAGACAGCAGCUGUGACCACACCAACAAACCAGAGAGCAGCUCCUCCUGCUUCCAGAGACCCUGCUCAAAGUGGUUCACCACAUCCUGGUCUCAGUGCAGUAAGACCUGCGGGAGUGGCGUCCAGGUUCGUGAGGUGAAGUGUUACCAGGGGGAGGAGCUGGUAACCCGGGGCCACAGCUGUGACUCUGCCCUCAGGCCAGAAGCCAGACAGAGCUGUGACAUCCAGAGCUGUCCGACAGAAGCGCCAGCGGCGGCAGCCCCAGCAGCAGCAUCAGUAGUAGUAGAAGACUCCUGCCAAGACAAACCAACAGCCAACUGUGCCCUGGUCCUAAAGGUGAAACUGUGCUCCCAUUGGUACUACAGAAAGGCCUGCUGCCAGUCCUGUAAGGCCCUGAGACCCUGAAGUCAAUACUGUAACCUCUCACCUCAACCACUGGUACCAAAGGUCCCGUUACAUUCAUAUUGGUGCUACACAAAAGCCUGCUGCUAGCAAUGUAAGGCCUUACGACAUUCAUUUUAACCUUGUAACUCUUCCUCCUAUCGCUGAUGUCAAAAGUCAACCUGUGGUCACUGGCUUUACCUCCUACCUGUCAAUGUUAUACCUUUUAAUCUUGUUUCCUCACACCUACAAUUUUUGUUUUUGUACGAAGUAGUGUCAUCACUACUAAAGAUGACCAAUCAGAAUGACUCCCAGUGCUUCCUCAGAGUCCUCUGUAGUGGUUUUGCAGAUCCUGCUCUGGAACUGGAAGCAUAAAACAGCUCCAAACCUCUUCAUGACACGACAUGCUCCACCUGACGGAGGCCCCUGGCCAUUUACCCAGCGUGCUACUAAAUCUGCUCACUGACCACCUCCUCCUCCUCCUCCCCCGGACAAUGUGAAGACUAGCUUUAGGACACACUGGGCUUUCUCUUCCAUCUAUUUCCUUAACUCCAUAAAAGAAGGAGCAAAAUAAACACCCUCCCUCCACUCUU